CCUUUUGCAUCUUUGCCUCCUACAGUGAGCAAGCUGACCCUCCAGCAGACCAAUCAGAGUGUGGUGCUUGUGGAGGAUGGCCGCAUUCAGAUUAACUGCUCCAUUGUGGCCCAAACCAGUCUCGAGGCACAGCAUGCAGUGCUGUGGUAUACCCGCCGGAGCGGAACUGGCGGGGCUGGUGAGGCACAGGCCGAGCUCCUGCUGAAGGUUGACCAGGAGUCUGCACUGAAGUAUGGCGCCUUCGCAGAGGAGGAGCGGCUGCAAAGUCGCGUUCAGGCUGAGCGUCUCUCAAGCCAGGUGCAUCGCCUAACAUUGCACCGCGCCGAGCUUGCCGAUUCAGGCUACUACUUCUGUGUGGUGGAGGAGUGGCUAUCUGACCCCAGUGGCGACUGGUACCUACUGGGCCGCGAGGCCUCCGGCUUCACCAAGGUGUUGGUGACACAGCCAGAGGUCCACUUGCAGGUUAUGGAGGCUGACACCAACGUGACUGUUGAGGAGGCUGGCUCAAUCCGGCUGGGCUGUAGCAUCCCAUCCCAGUCCAGUCGGGACUCUCGCUUCUCUGUGUCCUGGUAUGUGUCUCGUGUAGUGCACGAGGGCGUGGCUGAGGACUGCGUCUUCUCCAUCGGCCACGACGCUGUUUUUGGGAAUGGCAACUGCAGCCCCGCUGAGGUACUGGGGCCGGAUUCACGCUUGCGGUUUGAGAGGCCAUCCUACGACCUUUACAGCCUGAGUGUGCAGCGGGUGCAGCCUAGUGACAGAGGAAACUAUUCCUGCCUUGUGGAGGAAUGGCUGCAGAAUCCACGUGGCGUGUGGUACCGCCUCACCACCAGCCGCUCUGGCAUCACUGUGGUGACUGUACUGCCCCCAGCCUCCACUCUCAUGUCAGUCGUCUGCUCCAGCAACUCGCUCUUCUACUUCGUUUUCUUCUACCCAUUCCCUGUCUUUGGCCUGCUGUUCAUCACCAUUCUGCUGGUGCGCUACAAAAGUCAUGGCACAGCUAAGAACCAGGAGGCCAAGAAUGGCGCCCCCCUUCUGUGGAUCAAGGAGCCGCACAUCAACUAUUCCCCCACUUGCCUGGAUCCUCCAGCCUUGGGUCUGCAAUCAGGAUGUGUGGAGUAGCCCUCAUAUUAGGGCUACCAGCAAUGAUUCUGACACCUAACACAAUGAUUCUGACAUCUUCCAGACUGUCCUGCAUCUGCCCUGGGCUGGAUCCUUAGGCUGAGC